ACCCGUCUUCCUGCCUUCUGCCACCCCUCACGCUCUCAGAAGCAAAUCCAUCUCGAGUGCAUCAUUCACCGGCACCCCUAAUCUCGCGCCACCUGUCAAAUCUGACGGCUGAUAUUAAAACCCCUCUCAACAUCUUCCCGUUGCAUUUAUCUGACCUUCCUCUUCUUCCCCUCCUCUGCUCACUCCUGCUUCGAGUUCUCCAUUUUCCUGAAAUCGUAAUUUCUGCGAAAAUCCAGGGUUCUUUCAGCUCUAGGAUUUUUGAGAGAUGCUAGGGACAGGAUUACAAUUCGCCCGUGGAGACGACCGAUUUUACAAUCCAGCCAAAGCCCGUCGGAAUAAUCGCACUCAGCAGCUGCAAAGAUCCAAGGGCAAGACUGUAAUUUCCGACAACCCGGAGCCCCAAACCCGACCUGUGUCGGAAGACCUACCGACGAGAGCUCCUUCCAGCAACCUCGAUCGGUUCUUGGAGUCAACGACGCCGUCUGUCCCAGCACAGUAUCUCUCUAAGACGAGAAUGCGGGGAUGGAGGACGUGUGAUGUCGAAUUCCAUCCGUACUUCACGCUCGGUGAUCUUUGGGAGUCGUUUAAGGAGUGGAGUGCAUAUGGGGCUGGCGUCCCACUGCUGUUGAACGGCAGCGAUUGCGUCAUUCAGUACUACGUGCCCUAUCUGUCGGGCAUACAGAUAUACGGUCAAUCUGCAGGGCGGGACGUCAAGAUGAGGCGAGCUGGCGAGGACAGCGAUGGUGACUACUGCAGGGAUUCAAGCAGUGAUGGAAGCAGCGAUUGUGAGCUUGAAAGGGGCUUGAAAGAUUCAAGAGAGCAGUGGAAUCGUUACCAUCCAGCACAUGUGGCUACAGAAAUGGGCAGAUUGUCUUUGAGAGAGAAACAUGCUGCUUCUCAAGAAGGCUUUUCCAGUGAUGAUGGUGAAGUUGCAAUCUCUCAAGGUCGCCUGCUUUUUGAGUUUCUUGAACAGGAUCCUCUUUACAGCCGUGAACCUUUAGCAGACAAGAUUUUGGAUCUUUCAUCUCGAUUUCCUGAGUUAAAAACACUAAGAAGUUGUGAUUUGCUGUCACCCAGUUGGAUGUCUGUGGCAUGGUAUCCAAUAUACAGGAUACCAACAGGACCAACACUAAAAGAUUUGGAUGCUUGUUUUUUGACAUACCAUUCUCUUUCUACACCUACCCAAGGUGCUAGCAGUGCUGAGGGUCCUGUUGUCACCCAACCCCAUGGGGUGGAUGGCGUUCCGAACAUCUCUCUCCCUGUCUUUGGCUUAGCAUCCUACAAGUUCAAGGGUUCCUUGUGGACCCUGAACGGAGGACAUGAGUGGCAACAGGCAAACUUACUGUUGCAGGCUGCAGACAACUUGGUAAGACUCCUUCAGGUUGAUCACCCAGACUUCCAGUUCUUUACUGCACACAGCUUGUCCUCGAGGUGAGAAAGCUAGAGAGCGGUUUUUGACAUGAAUGUUCUCAUUCCUCCUCUCUUUUUGUGCACAAAGGGGCACCCAAAUCAUGGCUCCGUCACUGCAUGCACCAACUAGUAGUUACCAUGUUCCAGGCCACGUCUGGCAGGCUUCUAGUGUGUAUUGAGUUUGUGUUUCUUGCUGUUGAUGGAAGAAAUGGCAUGGUACAAAAAGAAAAAUAACGAAAAGAAGAAGAGAGAAUAAGAAAACUGAAGAAAGUAAGGCAAAAAAAAGGGAGAUGAAAAAGUGACUGAAGAAAUGGAAGCCAAAAUGAUGAUGAGAAGAUAAAAAUAAAGAUCCUGAUACUAGGGGUGAUCUAGGUUGGAUAGAGGUGAUAUCUAAAGGUGGUUGAAUCAGUUUCUUCUCGCAUUUUUGCGUCUGGCAUGGAUGUUGUUUGUGUACCUUGAGAUAACAUAGGUUUUUAAUUUCUUUUUCCAUUUUCCAAUAUGAGACGAUAGCUGUAUGCUAAUGUUAUACUCAGUCUUAAACUUAGAAGGGGAUUUUGGUAUAUUUAUGUGAGGCUAACCCAUCUGACAUCGGAAGCUAUGUUGGAGUAGGCAUGAAAAAAUAUGUAAGAACUUGCUAUCUUAUAGAUUAGUUAUAUAAAUUAUGUGAGUGUAGGUAAUUCUGAGUUC